GCCACAACCCACAAACUACACUCUUCCUCCUCGUUCAAACACGUACAGCUACUAUCAACCACCUACACUACCAGCAGCCCCUGCACCUACCUACUCCCCCUAUACACCUUACCCCCCAGCCCAGAGACAAGACAUGGGCCUCGCUUCAAAACUCGCCGCCGCUCAGGCGGCAGGCGGCGCUCCCGGCGCUCCUCCUGCCGGCGCGCCCCCUGCGGGCCAGUACGGUGCUCCUGCCCCAGGCGCUCCCCCCGCUGGUCAGUACGGCGCGCCUCCUCCUGGUGGCCCUCCCGGCCAGCAGCCAGGCCAGUACGGUGCGCCUCCCCCCGGCGGCCCUCCCGGCCAGUACGGCCAGCCCCCGCAGCAGCAGUACGGCCAGCAGCAGCAGCCAGGCCAGUACGGCGCCCCUCCUGCCCAGCAGUACGGACAGCAGCAGCCCGGACAGUACGGUCAGCCCCCUGUGCCCGGAGGCCGCCCAGGUCCUCCCGGUGCCCCCGGCGCUCCUGGAGCCCCUGGCCAGCAGCAGCCUGGCCAGUACGGCGCACCUCCCGGCCAGCAGCAGUACGGACAGCAGCCUGGCCAGUACGGUGCUCCUCCCGGUCAGCAGCAGCCUGGCCAGUACGGUGCUCCUCCUGGUCAGCAGCAGUACGGCCAGCAGCCCGGCCAGUACGGCGCUCCUCCCCAGCAGCAGUACGGUCAGCAGCCUGGCCAGUACGGUGCGCCUCCCCAGCAGCAGUACGGUCAGCAGCCUGGCCAGUACGGCGCGCCUCCCCAGCAGCAGUACGGCCAGCAGCCCGGCCAGUACGGCGCUCGCCCCCCCGCGGCUGGUGCUGCUCCUGUCGGCGCGCCGCUCAACCCCCAGGUCGUACUUCCCCUGCUCCAGCAGUGUGUCCAGGACCAAAACAUUCAGGCCUUCUACCCGCCCGGUUCGCUCGAGCCCAUUGCGCAGCGAGUUGCCCAAUCCGGGGUGCUUGACAAGAUCGCCAACGAGUGGCGCAUGCCAAAGGAGCUCGCGAUGGAUCUCGUCAAGAUGUCCCUCUUCGACUUCAUCCUCUACGUCGACGACUCGGGCUCGAUGGCCUUCGAGGAGGGCGGCGAGCGUAUCGACGACCUCAAGCUUAUCCUCUCCAAGGUCGCCUUUGCCACGUCGCUGUUCGAUGCCGACGGUAUCUCGGUUCGCUUCAUGAACUCGAACAUCCAGGGCGACCACAUCACGACCGAGGCCCAGGCGACCCAGCUUGUCUCCCAGGUCAAGUUCUCUGGUCUCACGCCCCUGGGCACGUCGCUGUGGAACAAGGUCAUUCAGCCCAUGGUUCUCGCCCCUGCGCGCGCCAACAGGCUCGAGAAGCCCGUCGUCGUCAUUGCCAUCACCGACGGCACGCCCGCCGGCGAGAACCGCGACGAGGUGUUCAACGUCAUCCAGCGUACCGACCGCGAGCUCAGUGCUACGCGCUACGGCCGUGAUGCCAUUUCGUACCAGUUCGCGCAGGUCGGAAACGACACCAAGGCGCAGGCGUUCCUUGAGACGCUCGACAACCACCCCGUCGUCGGCAACCUCGUUGACUGCACGUCCAACUUCGAGACCGAGCAGGCCGAGAUGAUGCGCAAGGGUGGUGUCGACCUCACUCCCGAGUUGUGGCUUGUCAAGCUCCUCAUGGGUCCUAUUGACUCGUCGUACGACAGCAAGGACGAGUAAGCUACCAAGAACGGCGGUGGAUUUACGGCGACGCUGGUGCACCACUUCAAGCCUGGUGGUGGUGGACCCCCUGGCGGACCGGGUGGGCCUCCUCCUGGUCCUCCUGGCGGACAGGGCUACAACAACAACCAAAACUACGGAGGCGGAGGUGGACCGGGAGGAUAUGGUGGAGGUGCGCCUGGUGGGCCUGGCGGACCGGGUGGUGGUGGUUAUGGUGGGCCGGGUGGUCCGGGUGGUGGACCAGGUGGAGGAUAUGGCGGGCCCGGUGGCCCUGGUGGACCUGGUGGUUACGGUGGGCCUGGUGGACCCGGUGGUGGUCCGGGCGGGCCUGGCGGCCCCCAGCGAUACUAGGUGUCGUAUGAGCUUUAUGGAUCGGACGUGGUAUGAAAUACAAGAUGAACUAUUGUGAUGUGGGG